AUGAGCAAGUCUCGGCCUGGUGUGGCCUGCUUUGCCGGUGAAUGGCGCCGACCUCCCAACGACCUGCAGGAGCAGCAGGUUGGUGGCGGACACAACUCCAUCCACGAUGACAGUACGGCUGAGCAGGUCGGUCUCAAGCUUGCCCCAAUCCAUGGAACUGUUCACUGGUCCCAGCUGACGCCUCUCUUGCUGCAGGCGUUUGGACCGACCUGGUUUGAGACUGGAUCGGUGUCCGUGCACUUCGUGAACAUGGUGGGCCAUCGUCAGCCCGUUCGAGCCUUUAUCGCGAAGCCCGACCCGUCGAAGUCGGCACAGCAAGUUGACAUUUGGAUGGAGCACCUUGAUGGACGACUUGUCUUUGAAGGAACGGCAAGUGUGGGUCUGCGGCCGGGUGAGAUGACGACGAUGGCACAGUCCAAAAUGGCCCGCAUGAAGCCGGUCUCGGGGAAGCUGCUUUUUACUCGCUAUGACCCGGGCACUUGCAGCCUGGAGCCGGAACCUGCAAGGAUCGAGUUUGACAAGGUCAUUGGUCCCUUGUUUCCCUUCACACACAGGAGGAAGCUGGAGAUCAUCACCGAGUUUCAUCCAUGGUUCAGCGAGGAAGCUGGGCACACAUCUCCAUGGGGCAAGCCGAUCCUCCCCCCUGAGAGUUUCAAUCAGAUCAUGCUGGGCGCGGUAGGCGGAGCUCCGCCUGCAAGGUUUCCGCAGCUUUCGGGCGAUUCCUGGUUGCACCAGGCACUCGGUGGCCGCACGCCUGUUGGCCUUUUCGGUGGCUGCGAGGUUAUAUUGGUCAACGGACCGAUCUUCGUCGGUGUGGACUAUGAGUGCACGCGAGAGAUAGUCGGCUGUGGUGAGACGCCCCGUGCAGAAUUCAGAUGGACGACAACGUACCUGCGGGAAAAGAGCUCGCAGAAGCUCGUGGCGCAGAUGACCCUGCAGGAUAUGCAGCUGAAGGCAUCUCUCGAGGGCUAUUCGCAGCUUCGGGCGCAAAGUGACGGUUUGUCCCAGGCCGGGGAGCCGGGAGAAAGCAGAAGGCUAAACUCUGAUGCGCCGAGUCGGAAAAAAGACGUCUCCGCUUUUAUGCUGUGCUUGCACUCGGUGUCGUCCUGCUUCGGGCGAGUGCUGGUGCAUGCUUGGACGAAUCGUGAUGUGGACAAUGCAUCCUGCUUCAGCAAUCUUCUUCAAGCCUUACCGCCGCUUGUCAGAGGACUGGACUUCCAAAACCUCGCUUGCACCUUUCUUGACUUCCCGGUGGCGUGCUGGCCAAAGGAUUGCAUCGCCUUCGGCACAAUAGUGCUGCAGAAGGAUGUCAAGGGCUGCAGUGCGCGUGGAAGCAUGGAUUUCGGCGACUUCAUCAGCACGUUCCCACGAUUCCCUCAUCAUGUUUCAAUCGUCAGAGCCUCACUUGGCACUGAAGGGCACUGGGCAUUUUCGGCGAAGGAAAUCGCAGACGUCUUCCGAGCUAAAUUUCCCGGUCUCGUGGUGCUGCAGCUGGAACUCUCGCUUCGACAUUCAGCUGCUACAAGUGAUGUGCCCUUCAUCGACCUGGCACGAGCUCUCAUACAAGCUGAUGUUCGUGUUGAGGUCACAAGCAUUCGGUGCCGACCUCAUCAGUAUGAGUUCCUUCGAGCAGCUCUGACCCAUGCUGGGGCAGCAGUGCAGCAGGUGGAAGAUGAGUGCGACCAGAUGACUUAUCCCUUCUCGCACCCGAGGUUUGAUUGGAACAAGGUUGGCAGCUCUCCAGCGUACUUGAACAUGGUGCUGGAGCGGAAGGAGCACUACUUUGAUGCACUUCGCGAUUACUUCAGCUUCCUCGUCGACCACGCGGCUGGAGAGGCUUGCUACCUGCCGGAGUUGAUUGCUCGGCUCGUAGUGUUUCGGCAACAGCUUUGCAGUGCAUCCACAGACAGCAAUCAGCAAGCUGCCGACAUGCUGGAUGGCACGAUCGAGGCCUUCCUGGCAGCAGAAGAUGGCCGUCUGGAAGACGAAAGCUAUGACGGCGGUCUGGUCUGUGACUCGUCCCAGCGCUGGUUGGGGCCAGAUGUGCCAGACCGCAGCCGCAGCUACAGCUACGGCUUACUCAUCGGAGAGGCGGCUCUCCGUAAUGGCCGACGAAGCACUGCCCGCAUGAGACAACUGGGCUCAACAACACAGCUGGCACAAGGUUCUUUUGAAGGAAGCCCGCCCGAGGCUGCCAACGAAGUGGGUUUCGGGCUGACGGGCUUUGGAGGUCCUGCAGAACAAGAGCUAUCUGAACUGCGGGCCGAAAACAAGCUCUUGCGGAGACAACUGGAAAACCAUCCAGAUCUUUUCCGCCUUUGCUCAGAGAACAGACUUCUACGGGAGCAUCUUGCGACUCUCGUCCAACACAAGGCAUCGUCCCACCAGGACGUGGACUUUUACCAGGAGCGUGCGAAAGGUCGACUUGCCAUGGAUGGCACACAGGAUGAUCUCGUCGAGAAGGAUACGUCGUUGGCCCGAACGACGUCGCGACUGCUCAGCACAGGGGAGGACGGAGAAGCGGAGAAAACUGCACGCAAGGGUGGAGAAGGCCAGCGCUUGGCCUUGAAGCAAUUUCCAGGCAUUGAGGAAGUGACGCACCUCAGCUCUGACUCUGGCGAGGACUCGGAUGAUUCCAGGAGACACGAGUCUCGCGAUGCCGGUCCACGAUGUUCCGAGCACGGCCCACAAGGUGCAGAUGUCACCUCCUUCAUCCCAGCCAUGUCACGGCAGGUCCAGGAGCUCUUCCGUGUGAAAAACAGCAUGGAGGACACGCUGCGACGCCAUUUUCGUACAACUGGUCUGCAAAACAAGGCCAAAAGUUUCCAAGGACACAACCGCUUCGUUCAAGUGGAUGGGAUGGGCAGUCCUGAAACGGAGGUGGAGGUCGACCCUCAUGACCUUGAGGAGGCUCUUCAAGGAGCCACCGAAGCCUUGCAGCAUGCAGAGGCCAUGCUUGCCAAAGGUGGCUGCGGUGAGCUCUUUGUCGGCUCGGAAGAGGUUGGCCUCGGGGAUGGUUUGCGACGGAGGCAUGACGGCAUGGACGAGAGGGAUGUGUUUUUGUCGCUAAUGCGAUCUCUGCCUGGUGAGAGUCAAGCUUCGGGCCGGCCUUUCGGGUCUGCCAGAGCGCAAAGUGGGCAAACACACUCUUGUGGAUCAGGUCUUGCCGGUGCAGAACUCAGCUCAGGAGGGACCAUUCCUGUCAGUCAAGCUUACAGCUACUUGCAACGAGCCACUUCUACCGAGCAAAGUCUCGCUUAA